AUGGACUUCAACGUCACCAUUCUGCCUACCUUCGAUGUUCGAUGGACAGUUUCUGUUGAUCGCAAGAUGGCAUUUCUGUCGCUCCUGCUGCUCGGCCAGGCGCUCCUCAUACUGGCAUUGGUGCUCCGGAUUUUCUACAGACUGACUUUGCACCCAUUGUCACGCUUUCCCGGGCCCAGAUUUGCUGCUGUAACCAACCUGUAUGCGGUCUACUACGACCUGCUGUCAGAAGACUCGCUGGUCAAACACCUCAAAGCGCUUCAUGACAAAUAUGGACCCAUUGUACGCGUUCGCCCACACGAGUUGCACGUCUUCGAUUGGGACGCCUACCGCACAGUGUUCAAGUCCGGAUCCGAUUUCAAUAGGGCUCCCGAGUUCUACAAUGCCCCCAUGGUCGAUGGCAGUUUCCUCAACGUUAGCGAUGGCCGCGUUGCUAAACCUCAUCGGGACCUUUUCGUUCAAGCCUUCUCAAAAGCUCAAAUCAACGGCCUCGAGCCCCUAAUGCACGAGAAGGUCGAUCUCUUCCUGCGUCGACUCAAAGAAGAAGCGGGCCAGAAUGAAUCAAUCGACCUAGUUCUAGCCUUUGAAUGCUUGACCGCAGAUGUAACAAUGUAUUACUGCUAUCAAAUGAGUUUGGGACUGCUCGACGUUCCCAAAUUCCGGGCAAAAUUGAUCCUCGAAUUCCACGAAUUUGGCUCUAUCACACCCUUCUUCUGGUACUUUCCAACUAUCGGCAACGUGUUGAACAAGGUAAUCUUUUCACUGCUGCCGGAGACUGCGGUUAGACUAUGUUUUCCAAGCGUCGCUUCGAUGAAAGAGGUGAUGGAUCAAUGUAAAGAUCUCAUCGACUCGCUUUCCCGAGCGCCGCCCGACUCGAAAGAAGUGGCGUCAUCAAUCUUCCGUAACGCUCUCAGCCCCGACCGUGAGAAGGGGCAAUACAUCGCGACACCGACGGAGCUUGCAGCUGACGCUGUUCUUAUGUUCCUGGCGGGGACCGACACAACCGCGCACGCGCUGUCGUUUGGGACUUGGGAAAUGAUCAAGAGACCUGAGAUUUGGACACGGCUGCGCCAGGAAGUCAUGUCGGUCCUUCCGGAAACGCAGGGCCUUGCCCGGCUGGCCGAUCUUGAAAACUUGCCGUUCCUCCGUGGUGUGGUGAAAGAAUCUCUUCGGUUUUCUAUGGGGACAUCCGCCCGUCUUCAUCGUAUUGUGCCCGAGCGUGGGGCAGUGCUUUGCGGAGAGACUGUUGCUCCAGGAACGCGCGUCUCCUUUUCUCACUAUGUGUACAAUAAUGAUCCUGCAAUAUUCUUGGAUCCCUUUUCGUUCAAACCAGAACGCUGGCUGGAGCCCAAUGCGGAUGAACUUGAAAGACACAUGGUGAGCUUCUCACGAGGCAGUCGAAGUUGCAUCGGAAUGAACCUGGCCUACGCUGAACUCUACGCCACAUUUGCCCACCUUGCUCGCAGAUUUGACUUGGUGAAUGAUGGUACGACGGACGAGAUGAUGGACUGGAAAGAUAGCUAUACACCCAGUUUCAAAGGCAGUCUCAGGGUAAAACCACGAGCAUGCUAG